UUCUUACUGCCAAAACCGAUUUCAUCUGAAAGUAGGCACGGGCCUGCCAGAAGGGCAACCACCGAGAAUGCAAGGUCUCAGGAUAUUGCUUUUAGCGGUACCUAUCAUUUAUAACAAAGUUUACAGAGUGGGAGAUGACUUACCCAGUCCUGUGAUGGUGGAUGUGGAGCAGCUGCAGAAAGAGUCAAUUUGGACGGAGCAGGAGCUGCCUCAGAAAGACCAGGAGCUGCCCCCCAUAGAGCCUGAUGUAUCUAAUGUAGACCAUAAUCUUUCUCAAGUAGACCACGACCUGUCUCAAGUGGACCAGAAUCUGUCUCAAGUAGACCAGGGCCUGUCUCAGGUGAACCAGAAUCUUUCUCCAGUAGACGAGGGCCUGUCUCAGGUGGACCAGAAUCUUUCUCCAGUAGACGAGGGCCUGUCUCAGGUGGACCAGAAUCUUUCUCCAGUAGACAAGAGGCUGUCUCAGGUAGACCAGAAUCAGUCAUCUGUAGGCGAGGACCUGUCUCAGGUGGACCAGACUCUUUCUACAGUAGACCAGGAGUUGUCUCAGGUGGACCAAAAAACUCAGGAAACAACUGUGGCAGACAUCUUCGGCUGGUGCAUGGGCAUUUAUGAUGGCCUGUUUCUUAUCCUCUUCACCGUUAAUCUCCUGUGGAAGAAAAUCCAGAAGUCUGACUCACAAGAUUCUACUCAUGGGGAGGGCAUCUUUGCAGAUGACUCAGUUUCUACCAAGUCACUUAUCAUGGACAGUGGAGUCCUGUGCAGCUUCUAUGAGAGAACAGUCCGCAUCUCUGCCCAUGAGCAACAGAGGGUGCAGGAGUUUGUGGAGGGCUUUGCUGAUGACUUGUUGGAAGCCUUGAGAAGUGUCUGCGACCGGGACACAGACAUAGAGGUUGAGAACUGCAUUGGAGUAGGGAGUGUAUAUGAGUCCUGGAGAGUGAGCAGACCCCUGGUCUGUGAUCUGAUUGUCCCCUUUACCCCACCAGAACCAUACAGUUUCAGUUGUCAGCUUUGGUGCAGCCCUCCUAAUGAUAUCCUUCCAGACAAACAGGGCUGGGGUACAAUCAAGGUUGUGAAAGCCAAAGAGAACAGAACCAGCUGCCUCUGUGGUUCAACUAACCUGGGUGAGGACAUGCUAUGUCUGCUGCAUGGCAAAAACGAGGCACCCAAAGUCAGUGGCGGCUUAGAAGACAUUUUGUGCUCAGAACACACUCCAUACUUAGCCAAAGACCGGGUCAUGAAGUGGUUUCAGAUUGCCAUAACAAAAGCAUGGGGCCAAAUUUCCCACAAAUAUGAGUUUGAACUCACUUUCCGCAACCUGGACUCUCCAGGAGCUCUAAAAGUCAGGUUCAGGUCAGGGAGGACCAUUGUUUUCAACAUCACUCCUGCUGUCCAGUUUGAGAAUUCAGAUGCAUAUUUUGUUCCGCAGUUCACUCUAAUUAGAGACGACUCUCCAGACACCUACUGGCCCCUUUCCUUCGCUGUUUAUGAGAAACACUUACUUAAAUCUUUAUCCAAAAGCUUGCCAGAAAACACCUGCCACAUGCAUUGCCUUCAGAUUGUGUCUUUCCUGCACAAGAAGCAAACAGGUUUGACGGGCCGGAGCUCUCUGAGUAACUAUCACCUGAAGACAGCACUGCUUCAUCUGCUCUUGGACAAAGAGCCCUCAGAAUGGGCUGCUGGCCACCUAAAGGAAAGACUGUGCGACCUUCUGGGGUUCCUUGGGAAAAGCCUUCGGGAGAAGCAGCUCUAUCAUUCCUUAAUUGGGAAUGCUCAGGUUCCAAAGGGAAUUGGCAUUCCAGAAACACUCAGUGCGGCAGUACCUCUCAAUCUUUUUCAAUCCCUUACGUCACAGAAAGAUCUUUACGGCAAAACAGUGAUGCACUUUCAGGAAAUUCUCAGAAAUGCCCCCGUGUUAAUACAGGAGUACGCUCCUGUACUUUUUCAAGGGGACUUUACUCAGCAUUCGUAAUAACAGAUUCAGUACUAGUUUACAGAUUUUCACAGCUAAACACUGGUAAACACAGCUAAUAAAUUGGAUAACUACAACCUAUGGGAAUAUUUGUGAAUGGAUGUGCUUUUGUUAUGGACCAGAUGUUACAUCGCGGUAAUGUUCCAGCCAUCCUCUGUAGAUUGUUGUUGCAUACAGUCUUAUAUGUACUCGAAAGUGUGCAUAACCAAACAGGAGGGUCUAGUAGUGCACCAAGAAGCUUCAAUUCGGUGUGUAGUCAUAAUUUUGCAAGUGUGACGU